CCGGGAAUGAGCGGCUCUUCAAAAAUUUCAAAAAAGCAUCGUUCCCAUCCCCCGCUCCCAAAUUUCAGAUCCCUCCGACAAGAGAAACUCAGACGCUAUCGCCCCGCACAGUGCUCUUAAAAUCAACUGUCAAGCAGCACGUAUUCAACUUCUGCGAGAAUGUCGAGUCGGCAUGAUAAAGAGAAAGGUGUGAAUGUUCAGGUUCUUCUUCGUUGCAGGCCAUUUAGCGAGGAUGAGUUGAGGAACAAUGCACCGCAGGUGGUGACCUGCAAUGACCACCAGAGAGAAGUGUCAGUUUCACAGAACAUUGCUGGGAAGCACAUCGAUAGGGUUUUUAUGUUUGACAAGGUUUUUGGUCCAUCCGCUCAGCAAAAAGAUCUUUACGACCAAGCAAUUAUUCCUAUUGUAAAUGAAGUUUUGGAGGGUUUCAACUGCACCAUUUUUGCAUAUGGUCAAACUGGCACAGGGAAAACUUAUACAAUGGAGGGCGAUUGUAAGAAAUCUAAGGCCACAAGUGACUUAAGUGCUCAUAAGGGAACAAAAAGAUUCACUGUUAUUGGCUUUGGGCGGUUAGUCAAUGCAACUCUCGACAUUCAUCAUGGGUCAUUGGGAAACAGUCGCUUUAUGUUUUAGGGGCUGUUUGGCAACUUCUGAAUGGGUAAGUGCUGAACCAGUAAGAGGUCUGAACCAUUAAGUGCUGAACCAGUAAGAGGUCUGAACCAUUAAGAGCUAGUAUAUUGCUUAACUAUUCAGAGGCAAAUGUCUGAUCAAUUCAGAUAAGAGGUCUUAACCAUUCAGACUCUGUAUAAUACUUAACCAUUCAGAGGC